GCUCGAGUGGGUCUGGCCGAAAUUAUUGCGUCCCAAAUAUAGUACAAACCCAGCCGUUGACUCUUUAUCCUCAUAUCUCUAACACCUUCUGAGUCAAGCGCAGCGAUCCCCAUCUCUGCCCCGCGUUAAGACGUGCCCCUCCACCCCACUUCAACACCCGCUAAGUUCACCACUCAAAAACCCGCAAGUCAUCAACCAUGGCGAUGAAUCCGACCGCGAGUCAGGCUACACCUGCAGAGCUCCUUCCUCCCGCUGGCGAUGCUCCCGAGAAACCCAAGUCCGAGAAAGAAUUGGCGAAGGAGCGCGCAAAGGCCGACAAGCUAGCAAAGUUCAACGCAAAGAAGGCGAAACUCGCGGCCGACAAGGCGGCGGCUACGGCAACGACCAAUCCCGCCAAGGAGAAGAAGAAGGAGAAGAAGGCGGCGGCUGCUGAGCCCGUACCCGAAUACGUUGAGGAAACGCCGAAGGGUGAAAAGAAGAUCCUCAAGUCCCUCGAUGACCCUGCAUACAAAUCCUACAACCCAGCCGUCGUCGAGUCGGCCUGGUACGACUGGUGGGAGAAGGAGGGCUUCUUUGAGCCCGAAUUGACGGCGGAUGGAAAGAUCAAGCCCGAGGGUGUCUUUGUCAUUCCCGCACCCCCACCAAACGUUACCGGUGCGCUGCACAUCGGUCACGCCCUUACAAUCGCGAUCCAGGAUACCUUGAUUCGAUGGAACCGCAUGUUGGGAAAGACAACGCUGUUCGUGCCCGGUUUCGACCAUGCCGGUAUCAGUACCCAAAGUGUUGUCGAGAAGACUCUUUGGCGGCAGGAGAAGAAGACCAGACAUGAUCUUGGUCGUGAGAAGUUUACCAACUUGGUGUGGGAGUGGAAGGAGGAGUACCACACUCGCAUCAAGAACCAGCUCAAGAAGAUGGGAGCAUCGUACGACUGGAACAGGGAGGCGUUUACUAUGGACGAGAACCUCUCGAAAGCUGUCGUCGAGUGUUUCGUCCGUCUGCACGAAGACGGCGUCAUCUACCGUGCCAACAGGCUUGUCAACUGGUGUUGCGCGCUCACGACCACCUUAUCUAACCUUGAGGUCGAGAACGAGGAGCUUACCGGAAGAACCCUCCUCUCCGUCCCCGGCUACGAGGAGAAGGUCGAGUUCGGUAUCAUUGUUUCGUUCGCCUACGAGCUUGAGGAUGGUUCGGAGAAGGUCAUUGUUGCCACCACUCGUCCCGAGACGAUGUUGGGAGAUACUGCCAUUGCUGUCCAUCCCGAAGAUGAGAGAUACAAGCACCUCAUCGGCAAGAAGGCCAAGCACCCCUUCGUUGACCGGUUACUCCCCAUUGUAGGAGACGACUACGUCGACAAGGAGUUUGGAACUGGUUGUGUCAAGAUCACCCCCGCCCAUGACGCCAACGAUUACGCGAUCGGAGAGCGCCACAAGCUGGAGUUCAUCAACAUCCUGAACGAUGACGGUACCUUGAACGAGACCUGUGGGGAGAAGUUCAACGGAAUGCCCAGGUUCACUGCGCGUAAGGUUGUCAUUGAGGAGCUGACCAAGCUCGGAUUGUACGUCGAGACCAAGGACAACCCCAUGCAGGUGCCCCGCUGCGCUAAGUCGAAGGAUGUCAUCGAGCCCGUCAUGAAGCCCCAGUGGUGGGUUAGCCAGAAGGCCAUGGCCGAUGCUGCUAUGGAGGCUGUCAGGGAUGGACAGGUCAAGAUCAGGCCCGAAGUGCCCGAGAAGGAGUUCUUCAUCUGGCUUGAGAAGAUCCAGGAUUGGUGUAUCUCGCGUCAGCUCUGGUGGGGUCACCAGGCCCCGGCUUACUACAUCUACCUGGACGACGAGGAGGUCAAUGGAUGCGGUGCACUUCCUGAGCGAUGGGUAGUCGGCCGUACUCUCGAGGACGCCGAAAGGCAAGCGAAGGAGAAGUUCCCGGGCAAGAAGAUCCACCUUGAGCGUGAUCCCGAUGUCUUGGACACCUGGUUCUCCAGUGGUCUGUGGCCGUUCUCGAUCCUUGGCUGGCCCAACGAGACACCGGACAUGGAGAAGUUCUAUCCCAACUCGGUUCUCGAGACUGGUUGGGAUAUCCUCUUCUUCUGGGUAGCUCGCAUGAUCAUGCUGGGAAUCAAGAUGACUGGUAAGAUCCCGUUCACAGAGGUGUACUGCCACCCCAUCGUCCGCGACUCCGAAGGCCGUAAGAUGUCCAAGUCCCUCGGUAACGUCGUCGACCCGCUCGACCUCAUCUCCGGAAUUCCGCUCAAAGAGCUUCACGACAAGCUCCUGACCGGUAACCUCGACCCGAAGGAAGUCGAGCGCGCAAUGCAAUACCAGAAGACCGCCUUCCCAGACGGUAUCCCGCAGUGCGGAAGUGACGCUAUGCACUUCGCUUUCUGUGCUUACACCACCGGUGGAAGGGAUAUCAACAUGGACAUCAAGGUCGUUGAAGGAUACAGGAAGUUCUGUAACAAGAUGUACCAGGCCACCAAAUUCGCGCUCAUGCGUCUCGGCGACGAUUACCAGCCCAGGCCAGACUCGAAGUUGACUGGCAAGGAGAGUCUCGUCGAGCUCUGGAUCCUCCACAAGUUCAAUGCGGCCGCGCAGAAGGUCAACAAGCUCCUCGAGGAGAGAAACUUCUCGGAUGCUACCAAGGCCGUCCACAAGUACUGGCUCAAAGAGCUGUGCGAUGUCUACAUCGAGAACUCUAAGCCACUGAUCCUCGAGGGAACCCCCGAGCAGAAGCGGUCCGCGCAAGACACCCUCUACACCUGUCUCGAGGGCGCACUUCUCCUGAUCCACCCGUUCAUGCCGUACGUGACCGAAGAGCUGUGGCAGCGUCUCCCUCGGCGCGCCGGCGAUAAGACGCGCACCGUCUGCAAGGCCGCCUAUCCCGUGUUCCGCGAGGAUCUGGACAACGAAAAGGUCGAGAAGGAUUACGACAUGAUCUUUGAGAUCACCAGAGAGAUCCGGUCAAUGACUGCGCAGUGUGAGAUUCCGAAUGAUAAGGCCGAGCUUUACAUUCAAGCCUCGGAUGACGAAACUUUCGCCACUAUUGAAUCGCAGAUUCCUAGCAUUAAGGCGCUGGUCAAGGGCCUUGACUCCGUCACCGCCGUCUCCUCUGCCUCCGGCAGCAUCCCCCACGGCUGCUACGCACAGACCAUCUCGACAAAGUGCUCCGUGCACCUCGCUGUCACGGGACGUACCGAUGUUGACGCGUUGAUUGCAAAGAAAAAGAAGGAUCUAGUGGCCGUCGACGGAGCGAAGAAGAAGCUCGAGAAGGCGCUCAAGGCGAAGAAGACUGAGGAGGUCGAGGAGAAGCUCAACGAUGCGACACACAAGAUGAAGACGCUGGAGGAGCUUAUUGCUAUGUUUGAGACGCUCAAGGCGUAGUAGACAUGCGUUUAGAUGGAGAGACGGGGUAAAAAAAUGGCGAUUUGGGGGUUUCUUUCGUGGGGUUUUUUUUACAUGUCUGGUCGAGGUCAAAUCAAUGAAAUGUGUCCCAUCAUCAGUG